AUGUCUGAGAAAGCGGCUGAGCCGCAGAGCUCCACUAUGGACGUGGAGUCAGGAAGAGAAGGCAUUUCACAUUGGAAGAUGAUCCUCGACCAAGGUGUCGUUACCAACGAUAUCGUGAACUGGAACUACGAGGGUUCCGGCACAGAAGAGGAUCCGUACGCAGUCGAAUGGCUACCCAACGACCCCAGGAACCCUAUGACGUUUGCAAAGACCAAGAAGUGGAUCAUGGCUAUUGCUGUCGCCAACUCGGUCCUCGUCGUGUCGUUCUGCUCUUCGGCAUUCUCUGGAGGUGUCCAGCAGAUCAUGAUCGAAUUCAAUGUUAGCCAGGAGAUUGUUACUCUGGGUGUGUCACUCUUCGUUCUAGGCUUUGCUCUUGGACCGCUGCUAUGGGCUCCCUUUUCCGAGAUGUAUGGACGCCAGGUUGUCUUUUUCGGUACUUACCUUUGCUUCAUGGCCUUCAACGCUGCCGUCGCCGGUGCUCAGAACAUCUGGUCCGUUCUCAUUCUCCGAUUCUUCGCUGCUGCCUUCGGAUCCAGUCCUCUCACCAACGCUGGAGGUGUCAUUGCCGAUCUUUUCAGUGCCAACGAACGCGGUCUGGCAAUGAGCAUCUUCUCCGCAGCGCCAUUCAUGGGUCCUGUCCUUGGACCUAUUAUCGGAGGUUUCCUGGGUAUGACUGAGGGUUGGCGUUGGGUCAACGGUCUCAUGGCUAUCUGGGCCGGUGGCCUUCUUAUCAUCACUGCAUGCCUCGUUCCUGAGACCUACCCUCCUGUCUUGCUCAGAAGGCGCGCUGAGACGCUUUCCAAGUUGACCGGAAAAGUGUACAGGUCCCGCACCGACAUCGACCAAGGCAAGAUCUCCCUCGGCGAGGCAUUUGCGACUGGCCUUAAGCGCCCAUGGAUUUUGCUCUUCUGUGAGCCCAUUGUCCUGCUCAUGUCGCUCUACCACGCCAUCAUCUACGGAAUUCUCUACAUGCUUUUCGGUGCUUUCCCUAUCGUUUACCGCGUGGGCCGUGGCUGGAACGAGGGCGUCAGUGGUCUUCCCUUCGUCGCGAUUGCCAUUGGUGUACUACUUGCCAUCACCUACGUUAUCCUUGUCGACAACAAGAUGUACAUGAGAAAAGUCAACGAAUCCGGCAAGGGAUACACUACCCCUGAGGCGCGUCUGCCUAUGUGCUUGGUUGGUGGCAUUGUUUUGCCCAUCGGUCUCUUCUGGUUCGCCUGGACAAACUCGCCGGAUCUUCCUUGGGCUGCCAGCGUUUGUGCUGCCAUCCCUUUCGGUUUUGGAAUGGUCCUCGUCUUCCUGUCCAUUCUGAACUACCUCAUCGACUCCUACACCAUCUUCGCUGCCUCCGUUCUGGCUGGUAACGGUAUCAUUCGAUCUAUCUUUGGUGCUGCCUUUCCUCUCUUCACAAAGCAAAUGUACAACGGCCUAGGUAUCCACUGGGCGUCCUCUGUCCCUGCAUUCCUCGCUUUAGCCUGCAUUCCGCUGCCGUUCCUCUUCUACAAGUACGGAGCUACCAUCCGCAAGAAGUGCAAGUACGCCGCACAGUCCGAGGCUUUCAUGGAGAAACUUCGUGGUCAGAUGGCAGCACAAGCUCAACAGCAGGAGGCUGCUGCCGGAGGCGACUCCCAGGAAACAUCCCGUACCGCAACACUUGCAGCCGAAGAGGAGGCUGAAAACGAUGCCUACCCUGACGCUACACCUCGGUUUGCUGAGAUGAAGACCGAAAAGGAGACCGAGAACCCUCUUAAGAAGGUUGCAACGGGACGAUCGACAAGGAGCAGGAGAUCAGUCAACCCCGUGGACGAGUACUACGACAACCCGUACGAGAUCGACCGUGUGCACACAAGGGAAAGCUUUGUCGGCCGCACGAGGGCCAACAGCACGAGGAGCAAGAAGUCCAUGAAAUAA